AUGGCGAGCUUGAUCGUCUUUGCCGCAGCUGCGGCGGCGGCGGCCGUCCUUAGGCGGGACUAUCCGAGCGACACGACGCUGACAGCUUGUCCGGGAUACAAGGCUUCAAACGUGCAGACGACUGCAUCUAGUUUGACUGCAGACCUUACCUUGGCUGGCGAGGCAUGCAAUGUCUAUGGUGCCGACUUGACCGACUUGAUUCUCGAGGUUUCUUACGAUACAGAGACCCGGUUGCAUGUCAAGAUUCAAGAUGCCGCCAAUGACGUAUACCAGGUCCCCGAGUCCGUCUUUCCCCGGCCAGAGGUUGACGGAGGCUACCCAACAGCACAGUCUGCUCUCACCUUCAACUACACUGAAGAGCCAUUCUCCUUUACCGUCUCCAGGACAGCGACCGGCGAGAUCCUUUUUGACACUUCUGCCGCCAGCUUGGUUUUCGAGUCUCAAUAUCUCCGGCUGCGAACCAAGCUCCCCGAGGAUCCUUACUUGUACGGCCUGGGCGAGCACUCUGAUCCUUUCAGGCUAAACACUACAGACUACAUUCGCACGAUUUGGUCGCAGGAUUCCUACUCUGUCCCCGAGGGUUCAAACCUCUACGGUAACCACCCAGUCUACUUUGAACACCGUGAAGGCGGCACUCAUGGUGUCCUCUUCCUAAAUUCGAAUGGACUCGAUGUCUUUGUCAACAAUACGGAAGAGUCUGGCCAGUACCUCGAGUACAAUUCCCUCGGAGGUGUUCUCGACUUUUACUUCAUCGCCGGUCCUUCUCCGGUCGAGGUCGCCCAGCAAUAUGCCGGUGUCGUAGGUCUGCCAGCGAUGCAGCCGUACUGGUCGCUUGGCUUCCACCAGUGCCGUUAUGGAUACCAGGACGCCUUUGACGUUGCCGAGGUCGUCUACAACUACAGCCAAGCAGAGAUUCCGCUGGAGACCAUGUGGACGGAUAUUGACUACAUGUACCGCCGCAGAGUCUUCUCGUUGGAUCCUGACAGGUUCCCCCUCUCCAAGAUGAGGGAGCUGGUCGACCACCUCCAUGCCAAUAACCAACACUACAUUGUCAUGGUGGAUCCAGCAGUGGCCUACCAAGACUUCCCGGGUACCCUCCAGCGCGGUAUCGACGACAAUGUCUUCAUGCUCCGCUCCAACGGUUCGGUAUGGAAAGGUGUCGUCUGGCCAGGUGUGACAGCUUUCCCUGAUUGGUUUUCGGCGAAUAUCACGACAUUCUGGAACAACGAAUUUGCCGAGUUCUUUUCACCCGAGACUGGUGUAGAUAUCUCAGGUCUUUGGAUCGACAUGAACGAACCAUCCAACUUCCCAUGCUACUUUCCGUGUGACAAUCCGGACUACUAUGCCAUUGGUUACCCUCCGGAGCCUCCGGCCGUGCGAUCGCCACCAAGAGAGCUGCCUGGUUGGUCUUGCGAUUUCCAGCCCGAGGGCACAGAUUGCGAGCAGUCUGAAGUGGCAACUCGGGAUAUUGAAGUUGUUGAGCCCCGAGACGGCUUUACUGGCUCAGAGGAUCAUGUUUGGUUUUCCAAGCGUCAAGAAGGCCAACAACUAGGUCUUCCUGACAGAGAUUUGCUAUAUCCCAAAUACCCCAUCCACAAUAAGGCAGCUUACCAAGAUGAUUGGAACGCCGACAAGGGUGGUAUUUCAAACAAGACUGUCAACACUGACCUGAUUCACCAGAAUGGGCUCACCAUGUACGAUACCCAUAAUAUCUACGGAUCAAUGAUGAGUGUUGCAUCCCGUGAAGCCAUGCUGGCACGCAAACCUACCCUCCGGCCUCUUAUCAUUACCCGGUCAACAUUCGUAGGUGCUGGUGCCAAGGUCGGUCAUUGGCUGGGCGACAACCUGUCGACAUGGUGGCACUACCGUCUAGUGAUUCGCUCAAUGUUUUCUUUCACGGCCAUUUAUCAAAUUCCAAUGGUUGGCGCUGAUACCUGCGGUUUUGGCUCAAACACGACCGAGCAGCUCUGUGCCAGAUGGGCAGCACUAGGUGCCCUUACUCCAUUUUACCGCAACCACAACGACAUUGCCGCUAUUUCUCAAGAGUUCUAUCGCUGGGAUUCGGUCGCGGACGUGGCCAGAAAAUUUAUCAACAUCCGAUACCAACUUCUCGAUUACCUGUACACGGCCCUCUACCAUCAAACGACUGACGGUACCCCAAAUGUUCUGCCCCUUUUCUAUGUCUAUCCCGAGGACAAGACGACCUGGGAUCUGGAAUUACAGUACUUCCUCGGACCCGGCCUCUUGGUUGCCCCCGUGACCGAGGAGAACGCGACGAGCGUCGACAUUUAUCUGCCCAAUGACAUCUUCUACGACUUUUACACGCACGAAAAGGUCGAGGGCCAAGGUGCAUACAUUACGCGCGAGGACCAGAGCAUAUCGGAUCUCCCCUUGUAUUACCGAGGCGGUGUCAUCGUCCCGCUCCGCGCCAACUCGUCCAUGACGACAACAGACCUGCGCAAGCAAGACUUUGAAAUCGUCAUUCCUGUCAAUGCCAAUGGUACCGCCCAGGGCGAGCUUUAUCUCGAUGAUGGCGUGAGCCUUGAGCAGACCGGUGUCACGGCCAUCACAUUUGCUUUUGAUGGCACAUACCUGACGGCCGAGGGUACCUUUAACUAUGAGACUGAGCUCAAGAUCUCCAAGGUUACGGUUUUGGGCUCGCCGUCAUCCAAGAAGUGCCGACGCAGUGUUAGCGUUGAUGUGAACCAACCCCUUACUGAGGGUUUCAAGAUCCAGGUUGUCUAG